GCGUCUUUAGGGCCUACGUGCGACGCGACACGGCGGGAGGGCGGACCGCGGUCAAGGACUUCCCCUCGACCCUACAGGAACCAGGUUCUCUCGCUGCCCUACGGAGCCGCACAGAGAAGACAGGUCCUCCAGAGCCUUCGAGUCGGGGGUUAGAGCGGCCGGGGCGGGGGGCCGAGCCAGGUCUAGCCCCAGGCUGAGGACGGCUGCGUCACGCGAGGGGCGGGGCUGCCACGGGCGGAGGCCGGAGCCGGAAGCGGAAGAGGCGCUCGGAGCGGGGAGUGGGGCCUAGCAGCAGCCUGAGCCUGGGAGACGAUGCAUCACUGUAAGCGAUACCGCUCCCCUGAGCCAGACCCAUACCUGAGCUACCGAUGGAAGAGGAGGAGGUCUUACAGUCGGGAGCACGAAGGGAGAUUGCGAUAUCCGUCUCGAAGGGAGCCUCCACCCCGGAGAUCUCGGUCUAGAAGCCAUGACCGCCUGCCCUACCAGAGGAGAUACCGGGAGCACCGUGACAGCGACACAUACCGGUGUGAAGACCGGAGCCCAUCCUUUGGAGAGGACUACUAUGGAUCUUCACGUUGCCAUCAUCGCCGGCGGUCACGGGAGAGGGAGCCGUACCGGGCCCGCAAGCAUGCCCACCACUGCCACAAACGCCGCACCAGGUCUUGUAGCAGCGCCUCCUCGAGAAGCCAACAGAGCAGUAAGCGCAGCAGCCGGAGUGUGGAAGAUGACAAGGAGGGCCACCUGGUGUGCCGGAUCGGCGAUUGGCUCCAAGAGCGAUAUGAGAUCGUGGGGAACCUGGGUGAAGGCACCUUUGGCAAGGUGGUGGAGUGUUUGGACCAUGCCAGAGGGAAGUCUCAGGUUGCCCUGAAGAUCAUCCGCAAUGUAGGCAAGUACCGGGAGGCCGCCCGGCUAGAAAUCAACGUUCUCAAGAAGAUCAAGGAGAAGGACAAAGAGAACAAAUUCCUGUGCGUCUUGAUGUCUGACUGGUUCAACUUCCACGGUCACAUGUGCAUCGCCUUUGAGCUCCUGGGCAAGAACACCUUUGAGUUCCUAAAGGAGAAUAACUUCCAGCCUUACCCUCUGCCACAUGUCCGGCACAUGGCCUACCAGCUCUGCCACGCCCUUAGAUUUCUACAUGAGAACCAACUGACCCACACAGACUUGAAGCCAGAGAACAUCCUGUUUGUGAAUUCUGAGUUUGAAACCCUCUACAAUGAGCACAAGAGCUGUGAGGAGAAGUCCGUGAAGAACACCAGCAUCCGAGUGGCUGACUUCGGCAGUGCCACGUUUGACCACGAGCAUCACACGACCAUCGUGGCCACCCGUCACUACCGUCCACCUGAGGUGAUCCUCGAGCUGGGCUGGGCACAGCCCUGUGAUGUCUGGAGCAUCGGCUGCAUUCUCUUUGAGUACUACCGGGGCUUCACACUCUUCCAGACCCACGAGAACCGAGAGCAUUUGGUGAUGAUGGAGAAGAUCCUAGGGCCCAUCCCAUCACACAUGAUCCACCGGACAAGGAAGCAGAAAUAUUUCUACAAAGGGGGCCUGGUUUGGGAUGAGAACAGCUCUGACGGCCGGUAUGUGAAGGAGAACUGCAAACCUCUGAAGAGUUAUAUGCUCCAAGACACUCUGGAGCACGUGCAGCUGUUUGACCUGAUGAGGAGGAUGUUAGAAUUUGACCCUGCCCAGCGCAUCACACUGGCGGAGGCCCUGCUGCACCCCUUCUUUGCUGGUCUGACCCCUGAGGAGCGGUCCUUCCACACCAGCCGCAACCCAAGCAGAUGACAGGCGUGCGGCCACUGCACCAGAGAUGGAGAGCGGGACUGGACUGCCUGGCCCCUUUCCUCCAACCUCUACCACCGGCCCCAGGGCCAGAGCCACCCAGUGAACAGUGCAAUGUGAAGGAAGGCAGGAGCCUGCAGGGGAGGAGACCUGAUGCCCAGCUGCCAGAAAGCACAGAUUUGACCCAAGCUAUUUAUAUGUUGUAAAGUUAUAAUAAAGUGUUUCUUACUGUUUGUAA